CAGCCAUGACUCAUGCUUGAAGGACUAUCUUUCAGAAGAGAAAGUUCAAAGUCCCAUUAGUAAAGGACACCUGACACAACGCACUGAAUUCACCUUGCAAGAUGGAUAAAGUGGCAACAACGCUUGUGGCUUAACCAUCACUGCAUCUCCUCAUCACCAAAUUCUCCUCCUUCCCUCAGUAUUCAAUCUCCUUCAGCCCUUCUCUCCAGCCCUCCACCACAUCAUACAAAUAGUCUUUCCCCACAACAUCCACCCACAAAACACAAACACAGCCACACACAUUCCAUCUUCAUUUCUCUCCUUCAGUCUCUCUCUUACACACAUACACGCCCUCCUGCCAGGGGAUUUGAAGAUAUGACUGAUGCUGGUUUAUAAUCAGAUGAAAGAGGAGUAUAAUCCUGAAGCUCCCACCAUCAUUUGCUCACUGCUAGAAUGGGGAUGUUGAAGGAGAGGACAAGGGCCAUGGGUGACGCGUGAUGGAGUGAUUGUGAAAAGAAAAGACUGCUUACUGAUUUUCCCUUUUUAAGAAACUGGCACUGACGCUGCACUUUUUGUAGUCUGGGAUGACCGUACAGACCAUUAGAGAGAUAGUGAUCAGGUAGAGACGAGGAAGAGAAAACAGAGAAGACAAAGAUCAAAGGGGAUACUGAGCUGCAUCUGUGACUGGGACAUAAGCAGAUAUCCAAUGGCGGAAACCAGGCACCCUGUGUCGGAACUGUUCCCACCUGGGGGCACAAUCCCGUCAGAACCUGUUGUCACAGCUGAAUGCAUUCUCUCUCUCUCGAAGAGUUCAACAGAGUUCAAGGUCUUCCUCCAUCCUGAAGAAGUACUAAAGAGCUCAACUGAAGCAUCAUGCUCAGCAGAAGACCUUAAAGAUAGUAGCCAGACCGCUGCACAAGCCUGCAAUACCAUCUCUGACUAUGUGACUGGCCAACAAGAUACAAGUCGCCACUGUAUAUCUGAGACCCACGUGUGUGAUGGAGGGAGUUCACAGCCAAGAGACAUAACAAGCCAUCAAAAUAAACAGGCAUGUAGAGCAUCACUGACAGUGCAAAGAGAACAUGUCUUAUCCCCUCACAAGGACCUGAAAGAAAACAGGCUGUUAUCAAUACAGAGAAGCCACUCUGACAGCUUGCAGAUUUUCAAAGAAGGUACUGCUCAUCCUCUCUGCUGUGAAACUAGUGCAUUGUUUUGCCAAGGAAAAGACCAUGAAGCUUGUGCACAGUCAUUCCCUUCUUUAGUAUGUAAACAGGCCAUGCCGCUUCAGCAAAGCAAUACGGUUACCACGUCCGCCAGAGCAGGAAGUAGUGGAUCAGGCAGCCCCACUCAGCCAGCAAAACAAGGCUACAUUCAGAUCUGCCCAUCUUAUCAGACACCAGUGCCCAAUGAGGUCAUUCCAGAGUCCACCUUCCCUAAAUGUGAAGUGGCUUUUUGCUGUAACUCACAUUUCCACCAUGGGGCUGUAGAGGACACAUUUGCUGCAUACUGCCACCCCCAGCCCAUUCCUGCCCCGGCUCAGCUGCUGCCACACUUAGUAGGGAUGGAAGAGACCUACAGGGGCCAGGUGGUGGCAGGCAACUUGCUGACUCUCCCUCGGCUCAUCUCCUCUAUCAGUGAGACAGGACUGGAUGCUAAGGGACUGCUCCGCUGUUGCAGUCUAGACUGUUCUUGGCCUGGUCCUUUGCAUUCAACUGGGAAUCAGAUGGAUGGAAAGACCACAAGGGAAGCAGGAACCAUGACCUUACAAAGAGAACUGAAGGAUAUAGGGGUGCAAGUGGGUCAGAACUCUGAGGAACCUCCACAGCACAUGUUCCCAGUGGUGUGCCUGGUUAUGGAGAAGACAAAUGUGAGUGCUAAAACGGUGUCAAAAAAUCACAAGUCCCCAGUAAGGGAGGUAAAAUGGGAUGCAGAGGGCAUGACUUGGGAGGUGUAUGGAGCCUCGGUUGACCCUGAGGAACUUGGAAUUGCAAUUCAGCGACAUCUGGAGUUGCAGAUUAAAGAGACUAUGGGAAUAGCGGCAAAGCUCUCACGCCAGAACACAACAACAUCUCAGCAGAGCUCAGGAUCAAAGCAUAGGAGAAAAAAGGGGUUAUUGGAAUUGCUUCGUCAUCCAGGUUGCUGUUCUCGGACCACCAGUGCAGUAGACUAAAGGGCCUUCCCUACAUGGCUGAGACCUCAAACAGCAUUGAUAAUACACUUGGAUGGAGCUUCAAAAGCCAAGUGAAGAACAGAUUAAUUCUGAACUUGGUCAAAUUACAAUAAAAAACAGUCUGGGUUUAGACAGGCAAGUAAAAAGGUCCUCCGUAUUUGUCCUUGAAUAACAGAACUGUGUAAUAGGUAUUUGGAACAAUCAUGUACCCAUGUCUUCCUUUGAUUUCUAAAACCUCACUUUAUAGUUAUAGUAGUUUGCUCAGUUAAGGGCUUUUGAUAACAUUGAAUAAUUAAGAUGAGACUGUGGGUGAUUUAAUAACAGAUAACUGCUAUCCAUGGAGUGUUUUUCAUCACCCAACAAUAAUGAUUCUGAAGUUCUUGUCUUACAUCAAUCUAUGUGGGAUUGUGUCUAUUCAACCAAAACUUUUUAUUUUUUAUUUAAUUUUCUGGAAGCACUGUGAUAGAUAUUAGAGAAUACAUUAAAGCAAUAGUUCACCCAAAAAUGAAAAAUCUCUCGUCAUUUACUCACCCUCAUGCUACCCCAGAUGUGUAUGACUUCCUUUCUUCUACUGAACACAAAUGAAGAUUUUUAGAAAAAUAUCUCAGCUCUGUAGGUCCAUACAAUACAAUACAAUUCUCACCCACACUUAUCAUAUCGCUUCUGAAGAUCAUCACUGGAGUCAUCUGGAUUACUUUUAUGGUUCCUUUAUGUGCUUUUUGGACCGUCAAAGUUCUGGCCACCAUUAACUUGCAUUGUAUGGACCUACAGAGCUGAGAUAUUCUUCUAAAAAUCUAAAAGUUAGUCACACGUCUGGAAUUGCAUGAGGGUGAGUAAAUGAUGAAAGCAUUUUCAUUUUUGGUUGAACUAUCCCUUUAACGGUGGCGCUACCUGCUGGUCAAAGCAUUGCAGUAACAAAGAAGUUAAUGGUAUCAUAAUUUGUGUACAUGACAAUGUUUUUGAAUGGUCAUAUCCAAUUUACGAUUAAAUAUUAGGAUAGCAGAUGCAGCAGAAGAGCUAAUUAUUUAAAAAUAAUGACAAACAAUAUGGAAAUAUGAUAUAAAAUGUAAUAUUAAAAAUAUUAAUUUUACAUACAACUACUUUUACAUUUAAUGAAGAAAUUAGCAUUAGAUUAACUACAGCACAACAUAACAAGGAUGUUGACAUAUUAUUUUCAAGGUGAUCGAUUGUUUGCCAUGCAUUGUAAAAUCCUUUUGCUUCUGGAAAAUAACAAAGAGGUAUUAUAAAGUGUUCUGAUUAACCAGUGUUAACUCUUGGUAGAACGCCGUAUAAAAUAAUGUAUAUACAUUAUUUGUCAAAGAAAAUUAAUGUGCCACUAGCUGCCUUGUUUUUGUCUAUGUAACAAUAAAAGCAAUAUGCCAUUUAAAAAGUGACACGAACACUCAGUAUAUGUAAUCCCAAGCAUAUUAAAUGUUUUUGUGACUAAAUUAUAUAUAAUACCACUAUGCAUGCAAACUUACUACAUAUUGUUUUAUAUUAACUAUAACUUGACUUUGCUUGUAGCUUGGGGUAUUGUCUAAUACUGCUACUUGAAGAUUAAAAUGUUU